CUAGUGUCUUUGCCACCCCCAUGUUCCUUUCUACUUCCAAGAUCCAUACCCAUAAGAGUACUCGGAUUAUACACGCAGACAGCUAUCAAUUUCAGCAGCUUAUUGUGAGCUCUGUGAGUUUUGCCUAACUUUACGCAUUAAAAAGAAGGUUUCUUUUCCCCCCACUGACAUGUCCUUCCUCCCACCUGAACCCAUGUUUUUUGGCUAUGAAGAUGACCACCACCCUCCUCAUGACUUCCAAGGUGUUCAGACACUCUUGAUGAGAAGAUCCAUGUCUUAUUCCGGGAUAGACAGGUGUGAAGAAACGCGAGGUCAUGGUGCAGCCGAUGAUGACAUGUCAGAAGACGAUGGAUCGCAGCUUGGAGAGAAGAAGAGAAGGUUAAAUUUGGAACAAGUUAAAGCUCUUGAAAAGAGCUUUGAAUUAGGUAAUAAGCUCGAACCCGAAAGGAAAAGUCAACUCGCUAGGGCUCUUGGGUUGCAACCAAGGCAAGUUGCCAUAUGGUUUCAAAACCGAAGGGCUCGAUGGAAGACCAAACAAUUGGAGAAAGAUUAUGAUAUAUUGAAGAGACAGUUUGAGUCUGUGAAAGCUGAUAAUGAUGCUCUCAAGAACCUAAACAAGAAACUUCAUGCAGAGUUAUUGGCUGUAAAAGGUGGAGAUCAAUCAAAUGGGGUUAGACCCAUAAAUCUAAACAAAGAAACAGAAGGAUCAUGGAGUAAUGGAAGUGAAAAUAGCUGCGAUCUCAACACAGUAGCAGGCACCAUGACACCAUCGGAAGAGAGCCCGAUAUUUUACACACAAAUAUCAAACAACAUGUACCCUACAAUGUCAUCUAUGGGUCAAAAUUCAUCGGGUCUAACACAAUUCCUACAAAAUUCUUCAACAACAGAUCUUCUUAGCCAACGAUUAAACCAAACAGUUGGAAACGAAGGCUUCUGUAACAUGUUCAAUGGUAUUGAAGAUCAACAGGCUUUUUGGCCAUGGCCGGAGCAGCAUCCUCAACAUCUUCAUUGAAGUUCAUGACUGGAUUUUUGCUACAUAAAAAUCCCAUUUUUUCGAUUUAAAUUUGAUACGAGCACCUAUUUUGCAAUUUAAUUGGUGUAUAGAAUUGAAUUAUGUGCAUUUUAUUUUGAUUAUUUAAGAGGGAAAUGGAAAUGGAAAAUACGCAUCAAUUUCUUGUCAUAAAUUAAGUCCAAG